AUGGAGGGGACCCUGGAGCAGCACCUGGAAGACACCAUGAAGAGCCCGGCCGUGGUGGGCGUCCUCUGCACCGACUCGCAGGGGCUCAACCUGGGCUGCAGAGGAACCCUCUCAGAUGAGCACGCUGGGGUCAUCUCUGUCCUGGCCCAGCAGGCAGCCAAGCUCACCUCUGACCCGACCGACACGCCUGUGGUGUGCCUGGAGUCAGACACUGGGAAUAUCAUGAUCCAGAAGCACGACAGCAUCACUGUAGCAGUGCACAAGCUGGCAUCCUGACCCUCAGGAACCUGCACAGAGCUUCACUCCCACCUCCAGCCCAGCUCCUCCUCACUGGACAACCAACUCUCCUCUGCUGCUGCAGUGCAGCCUGUGCUUGCAGAACCAAACUUGGGCUCUUCCUCUCCACAGCUCCUCUGCAGCUAUCAGGAUCUUGCUCUCCAACUCACAUCUUAGCACUUGUGCUGCUGAGGAUGAAAUGUGGGCCACUGGCCAAGCUGGUGUAGUGAUCAGAUAGUACCAGGGGUGUGUGUGUGUGUGUGUGUGUGGCCUGGUUUGUUGGAGAAAUCAAUAAAUGAC